CCCUAUAAUAAACGGGCGCCACGCACGCCACAGCCGCGGCCUGCGAGCGAGGCAUACACAUCCACGGGCCACGCCCACCGGCAUCUCACGGCGGAAGCAGCCAAGCAGCCGGCCGGGCGCCUCCCGUGCCGCCGCUGAGCAUGGCCGCUGCUCCCGUGGGCGCUCAGAAUCGCUGCGUCUUCGUUGGCAACAUACCAUACGAUGCGACAGAGGAGCAGCUCGUGCAGAUUUGCGAAGAGGUUGGCCCAGUCGUAUCCUUCAGGUUGGUGAUUGACAAAGAGACUGGCAAGCCAAAAGGUUAUGGCUUUUGCGAGUACAAGGACGAGGAAACUGCUCUAAGUGCACGGCGGAACCUUCAGGGUUACGAGAUCAAUGGUCGUCAGUUACGGGUUGAUUUUGCUGAAAAUGGGAGGAACACUGACAGAAAUAGAGAAAAGGGUCGUGGAGGGCCAGGGAUGACAUCUAAUGUUGAUAGUCAGAAACAGUUAGCUGGAACUUCUGUUGUUGGAGAGGCAAACCUUCACCAGCCUGUUGGUCUCCCACCAGCAAUACAUGCUGCGUCUGUGAUGGCUGGCGUCCUUGGUGGAGCUCAGACUGCAAAUGUUCAAAACGGUUUACCUGUCCAGUAUGGACUUGGAAAUGAUCCUCUUACUCAUUAUUUGGCCAGAAUGUCAAGGCAUCAGCUGCAUGAAGUCAUGGUUGAAUUGAAGUUCCUAGCCACUCAAAAUAAGGAACAAUCCAAAACUUUGCUGCAAGGAAUUCCACAGCUGCCGAAGGCCCUAUUUCAGGCACAAAUAAUGCUUGGAAUGGUGACACCACAGAUGAUGCACAUGGCAAAGAGCCAACAGCCCUCGGGCUCCUUAUCACAAUCUUCAUCUCACCUCAAUGAGCCAUAUCCACAGACAGAUGCUAUGAUUCCGCUAGUCUCAAGACCUUCAAGUUUGCCAACUAACAUACCACCGAACCCAACUGUCCUACAGGAACAAACUGCAACACUACAUAGUAUUCCUCAGCAUCAACAUGCAUCCCAGCCCCUAGUCAAAAUGUUUCCACAUGGACAUCAGUCUGGGAUCGCCGCACAAUCUCCAAUGCUACAUCAGCCCCUCGAUGGUUCUUCUAGUGUUCCUACUCAAUCUCUUGUGACCUCAGUAGGCUUAACCUCACAAGUUCAGCUACCAUUGGUGCCACAGCACCCUGGACCAUCUGUCAUGCCUACAAGUGUACCACAGCUACCUUUGACCCACCCUCAUCUUGCUCAGGUAGCUGUUGCACCUGAGACCCUACCAAAUGAAAUAAGUACUUUGGCAGAGUUUACCCAUCCUUCAAAGUUGAGAAAAUUGGAGGAUGGAACCUCGGUGCCUGGAAUAGUGAACAGCAGCCAUGCUGUUUAUACAGUUCCACUGCAAGCAGUGGGCCCUAGCGGACCAUCAGGGAGCUAUAGUGCUGGUUCUGUUAGCUUACAGCAACCAGGGAAUGAAGAGCAGCUUACGCCUGAUGUGGAGUCAGCUCUUCUGCAGCAAGUCUUGCAGCUGACACCCGAGCAGCUGAGUUCGUUGCCACCAGAGCAACAGCAGCAGGUGAUUGAGCUCCAGAAGAUGCUUUCAGUUAGUAAAUAGAAGCAACUGAGAGCUAACGCAGCAAAAAUGCUGGUUGAGAAUCUGGCACAUCACAUAAUGGCGAGUUGGUAACUAGUGGAAACUGGAAAUGAUCCUCAGAUUUGUUUAUGAAGUCACCACGCCGCCUGUAACCUGUAAGCAUUGUCGGCAUCCUGAUGCCAUCAGGAUCCAUAUGGUUUUCUUUCUUCAGCUCGGAGAUAAAAGAAAUGUGAUAGGAGAAGAGUAGUGUGGAAAAAGGGAUACGCAUUAUCCAUCACUGUUGUAUCAUUAUAGGGAGAAAAAAAUAAUAUGUAUUCAAAGGAACUUUUUUUCAGCGCUUCUCGAAUGGGCUGUAGCAUCACACAUUUUUGUCCUUAGAGUUUUCUUGCAAAAAAUGUAGGUAGGAAAUGAAUUUUGUGUAAGCUUAUGACGAAGAGAUUUUUUUUAUAUUUGUUGCCAUAGGUCUGUUUAAUUGUUUGAGGC